AUGAACAGCAACACGACUGCCAAGAGCACGCAGCAACGUUUGUUGUGUGCAAGAGAACUGUGUCUAUUAGGUGAUUACGACAACGGUAUUGCGGAAUAUGAUGCUAUAAUAAAGACACUGGAGACGUAUCAUGGAGGAGACCUUGAAGCACAAGAGUUCCUGACAGAUUUACAGCACGAGUAUUGUAUGAUCGUGGAAUAUAUGAGUAUGCUGCAAGGUUUGAAGAUUGCAGCGAGAAAAAUGCAACAAGUCCAGAGACGUAGCAACGCCGUGAACGAGAGAGGACUGCGGCUGGAGCAAGAGGAGCAGGCAGCGAGGACCAUCGCUUGUGAGAAGGUGGAGCAGGAAGGCACGAUUUGUGGCUCAGCUGCAACUGAUCAAAGAGCUAAGAAAAAACGAGCGCCAUUGUGGAUGCAUAAAGGAGUGCCACGUGGUACUACAAUGACAAAAGCGCGACAGCGUCAAUGUCGGAAGAGCGCGAUGAGACCAGCGACCAGGUCAUCUUUAGGAAACGAUAAAAAGCCUUGUAAUGGCGCAAAGCGUAGCCGGGUACCAUCGACUUCAAAUACAGACUUGAAACACCGAAAGAUGGGGCAGGGGCCGCGAUCGUCAAAGCGGCGUGAGAGUGUCCAAAGCACAGCAAGCUCAACUAAUAUUGAGUCGCACCAUGAGAUGAUUGCAGGCAAAGUGAAGUACUCAGAAGUGGCCAGAGACAAUGGCUGGGUAGACCAAGAGCUUAUUGAAGCUAUUGAGCGGGACAUUGUGGAUCAUGGCGAAAAAGUGACUUUUGAGAAUAUUGCGGGCCUGGAACAUACAAAGCAGCUUUUGCAGGAGACUGCGAUGCUUCCACAGAUUGCACCACACCUAUUUACGGAUGGACUGCUGAAACCAUGCAAUGGUGUCCUGAUGUUUGGUCCUCCGGGAACUGGAAAAACGCUUCUUGCGAAGGCCGUUGCACAUGAAUGCAGAACGACUUUUUUCAAUGUUUCUGCUUCGACACUUUCGUCAAAGUAUCGCGGUGACUCGGAAAAAAUGGUGCGAAUUCUUUUCGACAUGGCACGAUAUUACGAGCCAUCCAUUAUUUUUAUGGAUGAAAUUGACGCCAUUGCGUCGACUCGAGGUGCUGCAACUGAACAUGAAGCAAGCCGAAGGGUGAAAACGGAGCUUCUUGUUCAAAUUAAUGGCGUGUCAUCUGGGGAGCACACUGGUAGCCAAGUGAUGCUUCUUGCGGCUACUAAUCUUCCUUGGGAACUUGAUGAGGCUAUGCGGCGGCGACUGACAAAGCGUGUCUACAUCCCCUUGCCCGAAACGAAAGCACGCCGAGCAAUUUUUGAAUUGAAUCUGGGCCAAAUUGACCUGGACUCGGAUGUUGAUUUAGACGAUCUUGUCCAGGAAACGGAGGGCUAUAGCGGUGACGACAUCACGAAUGUCUGCGAAACAGCCAAGCGGAUGCCUGUAAAAAGGGUCUACACUCCCGAGUUGCUUCUUAAGAUGCGGCGUGAGAUGGAAGUAGGCGAAAAAUUUCGUGAACUUGAGACACAACGACUUGUGGUCACUAAGGCAGAUUUCGCUGAAGCGCUGGACAACGUUUCCAAGUCAGUAGGGCACGACCAACUCCGUCGGUUCGAAGAGUGGGAAACCGAGUUUGGAUCGAAAUAA